AUGACUGUAUCCUAUACCGCUUCUGUUGCUACUACAACCUAUUUGGCCUUUUUAAAACUGCUUUUUAGAUGGAAAGGGAGUGUCUACAAAGUCAUCUGGUUCGAAUUUAUAAUAUUUUCAAUCCUAUACGCGAUUAUUUCAUUGAUAUAUCGCCUCGCACUAGAUGAACCCUCUAAAAGGACAUUUGAACGUUUUUGCCUUCACUGUGAAAAGCUAUGCGAAAUCUUCCCAGUGGGUUUUGUGUUGGGUUUCUACGUAAACACCAUUGUCCGACGGUGGUGGGAGCAGUUCUGCGCCGUCCCUUGGCCCGAUUCCCUCGUUCUCUUUAUUAAUGCUUACGCGCAUUCUACAACGGAACGCGCUCGCAUGCAACGGCGCACCUUCAUUCGUUACGUCAACCUCUCCUUUUGCCUCACUACCCGGAAUAUUUCCUCCCGCGCCCGACUUCGAUUCCCGACGCUGGAAACUCUUAUCACAGCUGGUCUGAUCACACCAGAAGAAUUGCGUCGCUAUCGGCAGAGCGCUUUUGACAGCAUGAAACCAAUGAAUUUUCUGCCGCUGUGUUGGGCCCAAGAGCUGGUCGCAGAGAUGUAUCAAGAGAAGAACAUUGUUUUCGAUCGAGCUGUCGAACUGUUGACAGCCGAAAUUGGGGCCUAUCGAGACACUCUUUUUCAACUAAGUAUCUAUGAUUGGAUAAACGUUCCGCUUGUGUAUACUCAGGUAGCAACACUGAUUGUCUACGCCUACUUCAUUGUGGCUCUUUUCGCAUGGCAGUAUCUUGACCCGAACCAGAAAUACAAACACAUCAGUGUGGAUCUUUACGUGCCGAUUUUCGGCCUACUUCGCUUUCUGUUCUACAUGGGCUGGCUCAAGGUCGCGGAGACGCUUAUCAGUCCAUUCGGAGAAGAUGAGGACGACUUUGAAAUUGAGGAAUACAUUGAACGUAAUGUCCAGUUUACGAACUUCUGGGACCGGGCCUACAACGGUGAGAUACCACCAGUUGUGCACGAUGCCUACUGGGACACAGAGGACAUCAAUCUGCCUGACCGGAUCUCAAUGGUGGAAGGCAGUGGAGCUCGGCAGCGCAGUAUCUCCUCUGUCAGUGAGGACCCUCUUCGCGGCUCUCUCGCCAAUGUCGACUUUACCAAAUAUCGUAAAAUGUCCGUCUUCGUUCGUUAG